GCAAACUUUAUCAUUUCAUCCCAUUUGAAAAUCCAGAUCAGAAAAGUCAGUCACUGCUGAAGAGAAGCUGAGUGAUAAUGGACAAGCAGGCUGUGUGCGUCUCUCUACUGCUGGUGCUGCUGGUUGCGCUGAGUGAAAGCAGUCCCACGAAGGUUUGCUGCACGCAGUACCAUGAACCUCGAGUCCCAGUCAGAUUGCUGAGAUACUACACAGUCCAGGAGAUCACAGAUUUCUGCAACAUCAGGGCGAUAGUUUUCAGGACAAUGAAAAACAAACUUCUGUGUGCAAACCCUCAGUCGGAGUGGGUGCAAUAUGCCAUGGGAUUUGUGCCAGAAAAACGUUGAACAGCAUCUACACUCACAGAGGGCACCUGAAGAAAUCGACUUAAAGACACAAAAACACACAUUAUGAAUUUAAUUUAUUACUUUAAAGUCAAGAAAUUGAAUAUUUUUGUAUUUCUUUAAGGGUAACAUUUAAAAGCCAAUAAACAGAAU